CAGCAAACAUCGAGAGUGUAAGACGAGAAUAAGGUAAAUAGAGUUGGCUUCUGCUGCCGGCGUAGAGAACAUCAGAAAUAUCAGACGACGCGAGUGGAUUUAACAACAACCAGAAAUACUUAGAUUACGGAUCAAUCAGAUCGGUUGCAUUUAAAUUAGAAGUGGUGCAUUGGUGUUGCGAGAUACCAUGAAGUUGAGCGCUCCGCCUGGGAGGGGCAGUGACAACCGGUCAUAUGAUGAGUCUUCUGAGGGCGGAAGUCUUCUGGAUGCAUUCUACGUAGUCCAGAAGGAAGGCGGCACAUCGCAACGGUUGCUAUGCAUGUUCUUGAUCAUUGUGUUUGCAAUGUUUGUGCGCUACUGCGUGGGCCUGGGCCCAUACUCUGGGUAUGAUACCCCGCCGAUGUAUGGUGAUUUCGAAUGCCAGCGACACUGGAUGGAGAUGACAUACCACUUGCCUCGGGACCAGUGGUAGGUAGAACGAGGCAAACUCAUACUUUGCGAGGUUGUAUGUGAUCGAAGUAUCCAUAUUCACCGUCUCUCAGAUCAGUCUGCUCUGCGUAUGAUUUUAAGUACAUAGAUAAUUCGGUUUGGAUGACAGCGAUACUGUGCAAGUUGUCGUCACAUAAGCCGUGGGGUCAGGGGUACUUUUAAAUGGCUUCGCUCACAUUGAUUGUGAAGGUUAUCUAAGGAUGCACUCUAAAGGGCAAACUGAUGAAUGGUCGUACGGUAACAGUCGCCUUCCACCCAUCUAACACAUAAAC